CAUGCCACUGACAAAUGCUGAAAAGCAAAGAAGAUACAGGCAAAGACUAAAGGAGAAGGGGAGUUAUGAGGAGGUCAAAGAAAAAGACAGGAGGAGGCACAGUUUGAGAAAAGCAAAGGCUAAAAGCCAAGGAAAAUGGCAUGAGUUUCAUCAUCAUCUGCUGAAGAUGGAUCAAUAUGGGAGAUAUGAAAGCAGUGGUCAGCCAGGAGAGCUUUUUGAUCCCUCACUGCAUUGGAGGCAGGUCAAAGAGGAAGGCUGAAGAAUGUGAGAUUCAGCAAAGCCAAGGGUCAGCAGUUUCAUUAGGAGUUGAAAUAUCCCAGGUUUGUCUAAAGGAGGACCCAAUUGAACAAAAUCCCUCCUUUGAUACAGUUUCAGACAUCCAUGGAGUCACAGAACAAGAGCGUGUACAUAAACACAUUAAGUAUCUCAAAGUAAAGGUGCUGCCUUCUCUAGUCCCAGUCAAAGAGUCUGAAGAAUGCCCCCUUGUGCCAGUAGAUGAAAUUGCCUCAAUUACAGUGAAGGAUGAAGAGAAUGAAGACUGGUUGAAGUCAGAAGAUGAGGAUCUUCUGAAAGUGUCAGUGCCUUGGGAGCUGUUGGAAACAUCACCAUCAUCAUCAUGUUCAGAUACAGAGGACAGUGAUAAUGUGCGGCACAUGGACACAAAAACCCUCAGUAGAAAGAGGCUAAGAGCUGCUGUGGCCAUUCUACCACAGGAUCCUCUGGAUUCAGAGGUGGAAGACCUAAGUGACUCAGAAGAUGAUGACCUAGAGGAUAUUCCAAAACCAGGAGAUCUGGAGGAUGAGUCCCCUUCUAAGCUUACAAAAGGAGAUGCUUCCCCAUACCCUAAAACCGCAGAGUCUCCCAAGAGGAAGAAGAGAAAAGGCAGAAAUGUAAUUAUAUUGGUUCCUAAAGACACAUAUAACCACAAUCUCAACACAGUUGUAAGCCCAUUUAAUUCUAGUUCCUUCAAAACACAGCCAAGACAUCCGCUUUGGAAGAAGGCCGACAUAGAUUCCUUCCAAGUUCCAGAUCCAGUGUUUGUGGCACCACAGUGUGUUCAAUCCCCCUAUCAAUAUUUCAAGAUGUUCUUCACUGAUCAGAUGAUUGCACACAUUGCUGAGCAGACCAACCUUUACUCUGUUCAACAGACUGGAUCCGCAAUCAACACAAACUCUGGAGAAAUUGAGGAUUUAUUGUCUAUGCUUCUCUACAUGGGUGUUUUUGACUUUCCAACCUUUGUGGACUACUGGCAUUCUGACUCUCGCUUCCCACCUGUGGCUGAUACCAUGUCUGUGAGAAGGUUUCAGUCACUCUGCAGGUUUCUUCACUUCAAUGACAACAUGCAAAAUAAUCACAGUCCUGACCGCUUCUACAAGAUCCGACCUCUUUUUAACAUGCUGCGUCAACAGUGUCUCCUCAUACAGCCAACCAACAGGCAAAGCAUAGCUGAAGUCAUGGUAGCUUACAAAGGCACCAAAGCAGGAAAUCUUUGUCAUUACAAAUCUAAUCAGCAUGACAAAUUUGGUUUUAGGUUAUUCUGUCGGGGCAGUUCUUCAGGAAUUAUCCAUGACCUGCUACUGUACCAAGGGGAUACAACAUUUCUCAACAGUGGGCUAAAUGAAGAUGAACAGAAUCCUCUGCUGAGUACCAAGGUUGUCACCACCCUCUGUACAUCUAUUGCAGAGCCAGAGGAUACAGUUGUUUUCUGUGACAACUACCUCAUCAGUCUUGACCUGGUAAAGUCCCUGCAGGCCAGACUGGGUGUGAGGUGUAUUGGCACUGUGAGAGCAAACGGCACAGGUGGAGCAACUGCAAUGGAUGACAAGGAUCUUGCAAAGCUAGGGCGUGGAGCAUACGACUACUGUUCUCAAGAGGGGGUGAUUGCUGUCAGGUGGUUGGACAAAAAGAGCGUCUCAAUACUAAGCAAUGCGUGUGGAAUUGAACCUCUGGGGUAUGUUAGGCGGUUCUGUCGGGAGACCCAUCAAAAGAUUGAUAUCACAUGCCCAUCAGUCAUGUUGGCUUAUAUUCAAGCAAAGGAGGGCAUCGAUCUGUCUGAUAUGCUGGUGCGUCUGUACAAGACACCUAUGAAGGCACGCCGGUGGUACCUACCUCUGUUUGGAUACAUCCUUGAUCUGUGCAUUGCCAAUGGUUGGCUGAUGUACAAGCGGGACUGUGACCUUCUCAAGGAAAAACCAGUGCACCUAAAAAGGUUUCGUUUGUCUGUGGCAGGGACUCUAAAAGUAGUCAAUAAACUCCCAACCAGGUUUGGCCAACCAUCAGUUCCUCCAAAUCCACACACAACUCCAAAGCAGCUGCACAAUCCCAGAGCCUUACAGCCUACAGCAGAUGUCCGUUAUGACUGCCUUGGACACUGGCCUAUCUUUGGGGAACAGAGAGGAAGGUGCAACCUGUGCGUCAAGGGCGUCUCGAGGUGGAAGUGUUCCAAGUGUGGUGAUGGAAAGUUGUUUUUGUGUCUGAACAACAAGCAGCAGUGCUUUGUGUGUUAUCACCAGAAGUGAUCAUUAUCAGAGCACAAUAUUAUGUUGGCUUUUUGUUAUAUAAAAAAAUAUUUAUUCGAAAACAUUAGUUUUUGAUGUUUUCCUAUUAUAUGGAAGUUUCCAUGAAGUUGAUGGACAAUCUAAUUUUUCUCAGUGUUUCAACAUUGAUACUGUUAAUUGUGGCCAUUUUUGCUGUUACUGUGAUGCCUAUAAUUUGGACGACCAUGAAGUAAAGGUUACUUUUUUACUUAUGUUUUACUUCACUUGAACAUGUUUUUGUAUUAUUGUUUCAUAAUGACAUGUACAUUUACUAAGGUUUACUGAAUUAUUAUAAUUUGUGUUGCACAAAUAAAAAUGUGCUACUUGUUUCUCA